UAAUGUAUACCUCCAAUAAAGACAAAUAUAACAGACCUCGAGCUAAUCUUGCUGUACGAACAAAUGGUCCUGAUUGGCGUAGUAGACCUAAUUCACCUUCUAGCAGUACUGACUAUACAAACAUGAUGAAACGCACUGUAAGUCCUGUACCCGAUAAUGCGUAUGGAAGAAGACCAUUAUCUUCAGGGGCUAGUCAGUCUGUUGCUUCACUUCAACAACAUCAUAAGUGGCUUAUGCAACAGCAGCAGCAAGACAUAUCCUCAGUACCUAUUUCACGUAAUUUAAGCACCAAUAGUCAAAAUUAUCGAUCUGUUUCGCCUAUUCCUUCUAAAUCAACAGGCAAACAGCAAAGACAGUACAAUGACAACAAUCAAGAUGUUGUGUUUGAUGAUAGUAUUGAGAUAGAAGAUGAAAGAAAUGAUGUAGAAGAAGAGCGUAUGGUUAUCAUUCAAGAUAUGCGGGCUAAAUCCCCUAGUAUUAAUCGAGGAUCUGGUGGAUCAAUCAUGUCUGCACAACAACCUACUUUCUAUCAUAACUCACCUACUGGUUCUCAAGAAUUUAAGAUUGUCAAAGAAGGCUGGUUGUACAGAAAGAAUGGUUUAAUGCAAUGGAAGCCUGUGUAUGCAGUUGCCAAACACGGAAACGCAGUAAGGCCUGGUGGCCUUUAUUUGUAUAAAGAUGUAAAGUGUACAAAUCAUAUUCAUACAUAUGACAUGAGUGAAGUACUUGAAAUAUCACCUCGCGCACAAGAAUACAAGCAAGGUAUCAAAUGGGAAUUCCGUAUGCUAGUCAAAAGAGACGAUGUGAUGCUUGCUACAGAUGACAUGUUGUCUCGUAAAGACUGGAUUGAUUCCUUAACAUCUAUCAUGGGCAAAGUAUCCAUCGCUACACAAAUCGAAUUAACGUCUCGUAUUCAAACCUCUGAACAAAUGAACCGUGAUCUUCAAAGUGUCGCUGAAGACCUGGAUGAUGAAAAUUCACAACUGAAGCAAGAAAUUCAGGCUCUGAAAGAUGAAGUAGCCAAGAAGGACAAAUUUUACCAACAAGAAUUACAAAACAGAGAAGCCGAGUUUAUAAAGAAAGAACGUCUUUUGCAACAAGAACUCCAGGAUAGAGAAGAAGAGCUGGAUCGCCAAAGACAAGCACUUGAAACGAAAUGUGAAGUCUUUGAACGUGAAGCAACUCAAUGGAGAAACAAAUACACAGAACUAGAGAAAAGCAAGGUAGUAGACGAAAAACAGCAGGCCAAGAUGGAUGCUUUAGAGAUGGAGAUACGUAAAUGGCGAAGUCGAGUGGACGAACUAGAACAUCAAGCAGAAUAUAGAAAUUUCGGUAGCCAAUCAAGAAACAGUUCCUACGAAAAUAACCAUGAUCUUAUCAAGGAAACUAUGUCUGAUGUCAAAUUUAACCUUCAAGUCUUAAAAGAUCAAAUCAAGUCCUCUUCAUCUGAAGGAUCUCUUCAAGAUAUCAAAUCGAGCGUUGGUAAACUGUGUGAUAGCCUGGAUGAUGCUAAAAUGAGCUGGAAUGAACUACAACAUGAUAUUGUCAAGUUUUUGGAGACUGAAAAAGAAGACAACAAGUUUAAGGAGUCAAGCCAAAAGCACAUGAUUGAAUUGUUGCGCAAGGACUUUGUUGGUUUACGUCAAGAGGUUACAGGCGUUUCUUCUGAUGACGAAGAAGAACAAGAGGAUGAUGAACUAAGUGUCAAGAAAACACCCUCACUUUCUGAAAAGUUUGAUAUCUUGAUUGAAAUGAUUGAAAAUGUACAAGUCAAUCAAACUCGUCUCGCUUCUUCACUCUCAGACAAUAACAGUUCAAGCAGUAGUGAAAACAUGCCAAACACACCAACGUCUGAUUCAAUGCCAUCCAUGGACAGAGAAUCUGGACUUGUCAAGGUGGUCACUGAACAACUAAGUGAAUGGAUGGAAGAAUCAAGAGAGAUUCAAUCCUCAACAUUAACAAAGAUUGAAAACAGCCUUCGACAAAACCGCACUCUGCCUUCUGUACCUACGAAUAUCAACCGUUUACACGAAGACAUUAUCAAGACACUAGACAAAGUUAUGGCCGAAAUCACUCAAAACCAAAAACAGUGUCAAGAAGAACAAGGUAAAAACAUCAAAAUCAUUGGAAACUACUUGCAAUUGAUCUCGAAUGAUAUUCAAGAAAGCUCAAUUCCUGAUUUAUCCGCUUUGUCUCAACAACUGGAAGAUGUGGUCGAUCGCCUCAAUUCUACUGAAGAACGCCUUUCUUUACUUCACGAUAUACCUAUGCCACAACAAGAUACCAUGUCAUUCCACAGUAUAGCCAAUCUGUCAGAAGAUGAUAAAUUAUCACAAUUAUACCAAUUUGUCAAGAAUACAGAACGCUUUAUGGAAAGAUCGCUACGUAUCUUGAACCGCUAUGGCGACAAUCCUAACGGCAUGGAAGAGACCAUUCGACGAGCAGUUAAAGGCGCUUCCAAGACCCAAUUGGAAGAAAUCCUUAAUCUUCAAGAACAAAACAAUCAAGAGAAGCAACUGAUCGAGAAAAAAAUGGAACGCUAUCAAGACAGUGCCCGUAGCUAUUUCGAAAAGUCCAUGGAAAAGAUGCACUCUGACUUGCACGAAUUUACUGGUGUGAUGUAUGAAAUGCUAGAGAGACUAGUGCUUCAAGCUUUAGGACAUGCAUCAACCACAUUGUCGGACGGCAACGAUCAGCAAAAAGAAAUUGCAUUGUAUGGAAAGCUGUCAGGUGCCAAUCAAGUACUCAAGGUAGAAAUUGACAAGUUGGGAGGUGAAAAAGAACAACUAGAGAAAGCAGUGAGCGACAUGCGACAAAUGAGCAAAGAAUUAGAACGACAAGUGGACCAAUAUCAAGCCAAACUAGCGUCUCUUAAAUCAGAAUAUGAACGAGUCAAUGCUGAUAUACAUAAAACACGUCAAGAAGGCGCUAGUAAACUGGCUAGAGAACUUGAACCACUGAUGGAACAAAUAACCAAACUUCGAACACUGGCAGCUAUAGACGAGUCUCCCAUGGUCACAAACAGUCGAGGCAAUGGACUACAUCAGGUAAAGAGAAACAAUAUUUACACUUUUCUUUUACUAAAUUUGUUGUUUCAAUACAAAAGCAUCAUUCGACAGUUUCACAGAUGAGAUAUAAACGUCAUAAUAAUGAGGACGAUGUAAACAAUCAUGAAGAAGAAAUUGGUCGCAAUUUAAGCUUUCAAGACAUGCUAAGCAAUCAGAAUGACGGCAGACGAAAUUCCCAUUUUUCUGAUAGUGAUACCAAGCCAACCAUAAAGUCUCCUCUGAUUGGCAGCCGUGACAGACCAAGAAGAAGAGAAAAGAGCCCACUCGCUGGAUAUUUAAACCGUAAUAAUUAAUAAGUUUUGUAGGAAAUUUAUUUAUUUCUUCUAAUUUGAGUUUUGGUCGAAUUAUUAAUAGUUGUAACCUGAUGCUAAAGUAAAAUAAAUUUAAUUUCUCUUUUUCACC